UCGAGUGCGGAUCACAACGGAUUGAUUUUGAAAAUUUAUAAUUAACUAAAGUUAUUAUUUGUAGAAUUUAUAUAAUAGAAUAAUAUGUUGUUCCUAACUUCCCGGCUCGACCAUACAGAUGAAGAGAUUUUUAAAAUCAAACAAUUGAGGCAAUUGGUGGAAAAAUGCGAUGAACUAUGUGUAGGAACGGAGGACACAUUGCUAACCAAGUUCCUACACUAUACCCGGUGGGAUACAAUAAAGGCAUACCAGGCCAUCCACGCCUACUAUGAGUUUAAGAAACGCCAUCCAACUUGGUUGGCCCGUCAUUCCAUUGAGCACUACCGCCCUUUUUAUGGCACCCACUGCCGUUUUGUGAUGCCCCACGUGGACCGGGAUGGACGGGUUCUGGUCAUCUUCAAGACCGUAGAUGGAUUCCAGCGGUUUCCAGAUUAUCUGCAAAGUCUCGUCGAGAUGGACGACCUCAUCUUCGAGUCCUUGCUUCUGCUGCCACGGGUCCAGGAAAAAGGCAUUACAGUCAUUUGUGAUCUGCAGGGAACCACUCGAAAUUUUUUGAGACAGUUUUCCCCCACGUUUAUGAAAGUCGUUAAUGAAAAAAACGGAGUCGUACCCUUCAGUCAGCGUAUUGUCCACAUUAUUCAACGAGGAUUUCUUAUGCACGUCACAUCCACACUCUUCAUGCCCUUCAUGAACAAGGAAUUUAAAGAAAGAAUCUUCACCCACGAUGGACGCCAUUUGGGCAAACUCCGGGAUAUGGUUGGCUACGAGAACCUACCGGCGGAAUAUGGUGGUCCUGCCACAAAUGUUCUCGACACAGAUCUAAUAUUUAAUCAUUUGUUGCAAAAUGCUGAAUAUUUGGAAAAGUUACAGAAAUAUGAGAAGCUAUAAUUUUAAAAAAAUGUUUUAAUCAUUUAAUUAUUGUUUUGUUUGUUGUCAUAACUAAAUAGCUUAUCAGAGGCAAAGUUUAAAAUAAGUGGUUAAAAUAUCAUAAGUCUACUAAUGUUAUU